CCCAGGUAUCCGCCCCUGCUCUGGCUGCGCCCCUCCCCUCGCCGUUGUCAAUGGAACGUCUUGGCGCUGCGAGGCCCGCCUUCGGGGUGGUGCCGGUGUUUGGUUCCGCCCCUUGCAUUCUCCUUCCGCUCGGGGAAAGGCCGCUUCCGGCGCUUUCAUUGCGAUUCUGCCGAGCGUGAUGGCCGGGCAGCGAACCCUACGGGUCCUGUGCCUGGCGGGCUUCCGGCAGAGCGAGCGGGCCUUCCGCGAGAAGACUGGAGCACUGAGGAAGGCGCUGCGGGGCCGCGCCGAGCUCGUGUGCCUCAGUGGCCCGCACCUAGUCCGGGACGCCCCGGGCCCCGAGGGCACCAGAUCAGACAUCGGGUCCUGCCCUCCGGAGGAGCAGCCUCGAGGCUGGUGGUUUUCAGAGCAGGAGACGGACGUUUUCUCCGCAUUGGAAGAGCCCGCCGUGUGCAGGGGCCUGGAGGAAGCUCUGGGGACGGUGGCGCAGGCACUGAGCAGGCUGGGGCCUUUUGACGGGCUUCUUGGUUUCAGCCAAGGGGCUGCGCUGGCCGCCCUCGUGUGCGCCCUGGGCCAGGCAGGCGAUUCCCGCUUCCCCAUGCCGCGGUUUGUCAUCUUGGUAUCUGGAUUCUGUCCCCGGGGCCGUGGGUUCAAGGAAUCCAUCCUGCAAAGACCCUUGUUGUUGCCGUCCCUCCAUGUUUUCGGGGACACUGACAAAGUCAUCCCCUCUCCGGAGAGUAUACAGCUGGCCAGCCGAUUCCCUGAAGCCGUCACCCUCACCCACUCCGGUGGCCACUUCAUUCCAGCAGCUGCACCCCAGCGUCAGGCCUACCUCAAGUUCUUGGACCAGUUUGCAGAGUGAGAUCAAGAAAUGUCUCUUUUCCUACAUCCAUCCCCCUUGGGGUAGUCUCGUCAUCCGUGCCCCUCCCAGGGCUCUUCACUGCUGUUGGUGGGCCUCACCAGGACCAGUUAAGAGACUACUAUUGGUCAGGUGCAGUGGCUCACGUCUGUAAUCUCAGCACUUUGGGAGGCCGA